AUGGCGGCUGUGAAUAUGAGCGUCCAUGGAAGGCAUAUUCCAGGUUUUCUCUCCAACGCCAAACUCCUCAUCAUAUUCAACCAGAAGUUCAGAGUUCAUCAGCUAUGGAAUCUCACUGCAGAUCGUCUUGAUCUUCAACAGUCUGAGAAUCAAUAUUCAGCUGUACCUGAGAAAAAUAUUUACGCCUACGUCCCUUCCCAUAUUCUUCAAUCUCCAAAUCUCUGUCGGUCCCAUCUUACCUACAUUCUACGCUCCUACCGUUUAAAUCCCCCUCCUGUAGCCAUCGAUCGACUGGCUUUCGAAGUCGUAUCCACCGCCGCAGUUUUGUCGGUUGUGGGCGAGGAUUCAAGUAUGGGAUUCGAUAUCCAAGCAUAUUUGGAAGUGAUUGGUAACAAGGAUGAAGAAGAAGAUGUGAUAAUCGACGUUUCGAGGUUAAACAUGAUUUUGCAUGAGAAGGUGGUUGUGAAGAAUAAUAAUGGAGAAUUUGGCGAUGAGUGUUGCAGUGUUUGCCUGGAAGAGUUGUGUUGUGAUGGUAUUGAUGAGUUGAUUCGUUUACUUCCUUGUAACCAUCUUUAUCACCCAAACUGCAUUGCCGUGUGGCUUCAUCAAAAUAGCUCUUGUCCUCUUUGUAGACGCACAUUAUGGUAG